CCAAAUCCGUUCCUAGUUCCGGUAGACCUCGCCACUGCCUCUCCAGUCUCAAUUCACUUGUUACCCACCCCUACCCCGCACCGCUCCCUGGAGAUGGAGGACCUCGCCGGAGCCAUCAGGGACCUGGCCGCCCUCUCCACGCGGCUACUCCUUCAACUCAGCGGCGACGGCGAGAAACGCAACCUGGCCAUCUCCCCGCUGUCUAUCCACUCCGUGGUCGUUCUUCUCGCCGCCGGUGCCACGGGCGACACCCUCGACCAGAUCGUCUCCUUCCUGGGCCUCUCCGGCGGUGCAGCGCAUGCGGCCCUCGCCUCCGAGGUGGCCACCCUUGUAUUCGGCAGGGACGCCGGCGUGGAGCCCCAGAUCCAGUGCGCCGUAGGUGUUUGGGUGGAGUCCUCGCUCCGUCUGAGGUCCGCCUUCGCAGACAAGGUCACCUCCGAGUUCAAGGCCGGGGUGCGAGCCAUGCCAUUCCGAGAGAAUGUGGAAGAGGCGAGGGUUGAGAUCAACCGCUGGUUUGAGGACAAGACAGGCGGCUUCAUCAAGGACCUCAUGCCAGAAGGCCACCUCGACGCCAUCUCGACGGUCCUCGUCAUCGGCAACGCGCUCUAUAUGAGGGGCACAUGGCUAGAUCCGUUCAUUCCUUACAACACACUGGACGACGACUUCUUCUUGCCCGACGCCGACGGGAGCCGUGUGCGCGUGCCGUUCAUGACGAGCACAAACGAUCAGCGCAUCAGCUGCCAUCCCGGCUUCAAAGUCCUGCUGCUGCCCUACGAGAGCAAAGGCAACCACGAGUUCAGCAUGCACAUCUACCUCCCCGACGAGCGCAACGGCCUGCAGGCCCUGGUGCGCGAGAUCAGCUCCUCCGGCACCGCCGAGUUCCUGGACCGCUGCGUCCCAACACGACACGUCGCGGUGAGGAACCUGAGAAUCCCAAAGUUCCAGGUGUCAUCCAAGAUAGAUGCGCGAGAUGUGCUGAAAGGCCUUGGUCUGGAGCUACCGUUCCACUUUACAUACGACUGGUCGGAGAUGAUCGAAUUCUCAGAGCCAGCGCCGCCUGUAGCGGUGCAGAACGUACUCCACGAGUGCGUCGUGGAGGUGAACGAGGAUGGAACAAUGGCCGCUGCGGCCACUGAAGCUGAUUUAAUGAUGGGGUUCUCCAUCACGGGGGAGGAGGAACCGGCGGCUCAUGUUGACUUCGUGGCAGAUCACCCGUUCCUGUUCCUAAUCAGGGAGGACAAAAGUGGCAUUGUUCUUUUUGCCGGGCAAGUGGUCAAUCCCCUGCUUUAGCUAGUCCACCAGUACUGUUCUUCUGCUAGAAGUCAAUUACUCCCUCCUUACCGGUUUAGACUAGCCACCGUGGAUAGUAACAUACACAAGUGGAUAGCAGGGUUUUCAACUAAAAAAUCUCAUGAGUGGUGGAAUAAUUUUGAUAGUUUGCAAAAGGACUUAAUAAAUGCACUCGAUUUUUCUCAAAUAAUUGUGUUCUCCAAUGAAUUAAUUGCAAUACAUGCAUGUGUGACCAAUAAAUAACUAAGAACUUUUACAUGCAUUGAUGAGUUUUUCAUUUAAUCCUUGCAUGCAGUGAUUUAAUGCACCUCGAUAUCUGACUGUGUGCUGGGAAGCCAUAGAAAUGAGACUUAUAAAACGAAAAACGAAAGUUUUGAGAUAAGCCCUAUAAACCGGAAAGGAGGUAGUAGCUACAAAAUGAGUUCGUAUUGUGGUCUGGUGUGUGUAAUAAUGAGAGUGCAAUUCAUUUUUUACGUCCUACUAGUUUCGUUUGUGACAGUGAAACUUGUGCCACA